CCAUCAACCUCAAACCCUUUUUUUUCUACAUUGUGCUAUAAGCUAUGAACACAUCCGCUUUUGUGUGCGCGUCCUUCUCACAGUUUCCCUUCCUUGUGCAACCAAGUUACAACACAACGCUUUAGUGGAUGCUGCAGCAGCACCCACACGCGUGUCACUACGAAAAAAACGACUUCCUUUGUCACUGUACUGCGGUUAACAGGAGUGGCACAUCAUGAGACAGCCACCUGGACAGAGUCUCUCCGAGCCCUCGUCAAAUCGUAAGAGCCGUAAUGCGGAGGGUAGUGCUUGAGCUAACCCCUAGGUUUCAAAAGUCGUGCAUCUGUGUCAGCUGGUGUAGCAUGCAUGAAGAGGAGGGCCGAGGUGGACCGUCUGCCCGCUGAGAACAGCCUGCCAUUGGGCUUACUUUUGGAGAGGAGAGCCACACACCAGAAAACAAAGUGACCCUGCAGAUGUUACUUUUGGAAAGUGUGUGUCUUCAAUGACGUGCGAGUGCGGAACCGGUGUCCACAGGAACGGCUGACUGCUGACCACCCCACACUCUACCAUCAGAGACAUUUCACCACAACUCGUCACAUUCCAAACUAUUCCAUUGGACUUCUGUCACAUGGAAGGCCACGUGUUUGGUUCGAUAAACGAAGGGCGUUCCGACAAGGGCAAAGAAUGACUUCAAACAAUGGCUCAGGGGACAUCUCCUCGGAAUGUCCCGAUGACAUGGCCAGCUGGGAGGAGACCAUGGACACGCUGUAUACCUACUUCUACCUGUUCCUCUUCAUCCCUGGACUCUUGCUCAACACCAUCGCACUUUGGGUCCUUUGCAGGCAUAUUAGCAAGAAAAUGAAGACGCUGAUCUUCAUGAUCAACCUGGCCUUUGCAGACCUGGCGCAUGUCCUCUCUCUGCCCCUCAGGAUCUACUACUACUUCACGCUCACCUGGCCCUUUGGACGCACCGCCUGCCUGUUCUGCUUCUACCUGAAGUACCUCAACAUGUACGCUGCCAUCGUCUUCCUGGUGUGCAUCAGCGUGCAGCGGUGUGUGUUCCUGCUCAAGCCGUUCUCCGCUCGCAGCUGGAGGAAGCGAUACGAUCUGCUGAUCAGUAUUAUUGUCUGGCUGGGGGUCGGAAUGGCCUGCUCCCCUUUCAUCUUGGUGAGGGGCGGCCAGGACAACAACACCAGUUUCAACCACUCACCCUACUCUUCUCCCACCCAAGCAUCAACAGCCGGGACCAUCCCCUACGGAUCGCACUCCACCGCCAGCCCGGGCUCCAGCCCAGGGUACGGCGCCGCCGGCUCUCCUGAAGCCAAAUGUUUUAAAGACUUGCCCACCCGUAAGCUGUCCCUAUCCAUGGCGGUCACCGUCAUGGUUCUGGGAGAGUUGCUUGGCUUCCUGCUUCCCCUGGCUGCCAUCGGUUACAGCUCGGCCCGCAUCGUCCACUCCCUCCUCAAGACCCAGUACCAGGAUCCGGUGGACCCCCUCCCCCGGGGACGCACCUUCACCGUCACCUCCUCCGUCUCCCAGACGGAUUCGCUGGGGGACAGACAGACGGCCGAGGACAAGAGGAGAGCCCUGCGGAUGGUGCUGGGCUGCUCCGCCCUCUUCCUCGUCUGCUUCGCGCCGUACCACGUCAACUUCCUGCUGUACCUGCUGGUGACGCAGGACCUGGUGUCCCACUGCGGCCUGAGGCUGGCCGUCCAGCGGUUCCACCCGGUGUCGCUGUGCCUGGCCAGCCUCAGCUGCUGCCUGAACCCCCUGCUCUACUACUUCCUCACCACCGAGUUCAGGAGGCACCUUGGCAAGCGCGCCUCCAGACUCUCCUCCAAGUUCCUCUCCUCCCCCCUCAUCGCUGCGUACAGCUCGGGCCGGGUCAGAGCUGCUUCAGAAGAGGUAGAGCCAGAGAUCAAAAGCAGAACAGUCAUGAAGAUGAGCGGAGUGAACCAGAGCUGUGUCAGCAACACGGAGCUCCAGAGCUACCAGCACCAAGUCUAUGUGGUGGUGUACGCCAUCAUCUUUAUCCUGGGGCUGCCUUGUAACUUGGUAGCGCUCUGGGUUUUCCGGCAGUACGUGAAGGAGACCAAAAAAGCAGUGUUGUUCAUGAUGAACCUGGCCUUGGCCGACCUGAUGCAGGUGCUCACCUUGCCCCUGCGGAUCUACUACUACCAUUACAACAAAUGGCCCUUCGGCCAGCCCUUCUGCAUCUUCUGCUUCUAUCUCAAGUACGUCAACAUGUACGCCUCCAUCUUCUUCAUGGCGUGCAUCAGCCUGCGCCGGUGCGAGCUCAACAUGUAUCCCCUGAAGCACAGCUCGUCCAAGAAGAAGGGAGACUUGGUCGUCUGCGUCUCAGGCUGGCUGCUGGUCUUCCUCUGCUGCAUCCCCUUCCCCGUCCUCCGCACCCCCAGGCAGCCCCAGGCGGACCUCAACCCCGAGGCCGGCGGCGAUGCCCUGGUCGGCGCUACGAGCCCCAGCCUCCGGGGCUCUGCCGGAAACGAGGUUUGCUUCUCAGAGCUGCCCAUGCAGCCCGUGGGCAUACCGGUGGCCUGGACCCUCAUCAUCAUGGCCGAGUUGCUGGGCUUCAUCCUGCCCUUAGUCCUGGUGCUCGUGUGCGCCUGCCUGAACGUGGCGAGCCUGCGGAGCCGGACGGAAGGGGUGUCACAUGACCGGCGGGAGCAGCGGCGGGCCAUGAAGAUGGUGAUGAGCUGUCUGAUGGUGUUCCUGGUGUGCUUUGUCCCGUACCACGUGACCUUUCCCCUGGACUUCCUGGCCAAGGUGGGCGCCCUGGGGUGCAGCGUGCGGGAGCAGGUGCUGCGGAGCCACCCGUGGACACUGUGCCUGGCGAGCAUCAACUCCUGCCUGGACCCCAUCAUGUACUAUCGCACCACCAAAGAGUUCUGGAGGCGGGGACGUUGAGACGUCGGCUGACACGCCGAGGAACCCUAACGUGCGCUGCCUCAAAAACCGCCAAAAGGUGGUUCUUGUUGUGGACGAUUUGUUGAAUGCAAUUUUUUUAUAUUGCAUCUUUGUUUUAGGUAUCUUUUUUAAAACACAGGGGUGUUUUUACUAUUGUUUCCAUUUGUACUACUCCGUUAGUUAUAUUUCCUUUGCAGCAGGAGAACGGAUUUUCCUUUUGUCUGCCGGAAAGUCCCCACACCAUUUAAUGUGAAACAAAAGAUCAAAGCUCUGAGCGCCGAGGGAAAAAGGUGGUAUUGACACAGAACUUGUCAAUGCCACUGAGUGAAUGUAUAGAAUACCGAAACCAUUUAAAGAAGCAUUUCUUUGGGAGAAAUGUUAUUGGAUGAAACUAUUGUAUGAUUAAACUAUUUCAUUAAUAGUUUGUGUCAUAUAUGUGUAAUAGUUGUGCAUUAUAGUAAUUUAAAAAUAAACAUAUAGAGCAGGCUUCUAAAGGUAAAGAAAUGUAACUUUAUUCAACAACAAAUUACAAUUACAAAGUGACAUUAAUUUCAGUAACUUUACACAAAACCAUAUUAUCUUUCAUCAAAACAGUUAAGACUAUCUCCUUGUGUUUAGAAACACACUUCACCAGGCACAGCUCUUUCCCUUCCGAUUGUCCUUCUUUACAGCUAGAUUUUUAUGGGAAGCCGUUUUAAUUGUUAUUUCACAAUUUAAUUACAAACAUUUGAAACAUUUAUAUACAAAAUUUAGCAGUCGUGUUUGAAUCAAUUGAAACAACUUGAGGUACACAAAUAAAAUCCUUGGAAAUGGUAACGAAAAAGGUAGUCAAUUGCAAAAUUGCCAAAAGUCUCAAUUCUGUUAGGUCAGUUAUUAAUUAUUUUUGCACCUGCCACUUCUCAUUCCCUCAACCGAAUCUUAUACAUUAGCGUGUCCUGUGGGGGAGCAAUCUGUCCUCUUUGAGGUUUGAUGUCAUCGAUACAGUAACAAGUUCAGACAGUAGGAAGGAACUUCACGUACAGACUAAGACCUCCGGGACGGCCUCAUUAUGAC